UAAAAAUGAAUUUUUUCUUUUCUGUAUUCAAGAAAAAGAAAAGAAACAAGAAAAAAAGAAAAAAGAAGAAAAAAAAGAAAGAAUAUUGAAUGCAUGGACCAAUGAACGGACUGAAAUAUGACUAAAGCUAUUUUGUCUUCCCCUAGGAGUCAAACUAUGAAGCACUUUAUAGUCCAUAAACUAAGCAGGUGGAGAGACUUGUGUUCCUGAAGAGUGAGGUUGGCCCAGUUGGGCGGCGCAUAGGGUAAUGGCUCCAUUCUCCACUAGAUGGCACUGCCUAGCUUUUGGGGUGGAUUCUUGUGGCGCUUGUAGGUGCGUAUGCGCAUGCGCGGGUGCGGUUAAAAUGGCGUCACCCAGUCACCCAGUCUUAGUAUCGAACUCUGUUCUCCCCGAUCAGCAAUCACGCACCCAUCCACUCCACGCUUUUACACAGUCUGCGACCAAGCCCCAGGCAGCAUCUGCCUCUUGAGUUUUGUCUCAGAUGCUGUUGUUUUUCCCCACCCCUUACUUCUGAGGGACUGCGGCUUUGACCUGUUCUGCCCCUCUGCAGGAGGGUCUCACUGAGCAAUGACCGGGUGCCAGCUGCACCGAGGAACGUUUGCGGGACAGUGCUGCUACUGAUGCCCAGAGACUGUGGCCGGGUGCCAGCCCACCCCAGAAAAAGUUCGUAAGAUAGUGUAGCAUCAGCGUUUCAAGGAUUAUGGAAAAUCGCAACACACAUCUGGCACCGGGCUUCACCCUUAACGACCUUGUUCCAGCACCAGCGAAUGUGGUUGUUCUCCCGGGUCCACUGGGGCCUUACCUUUGGGGGACCCACACAGCCUCUACCAGGUGUCCUCACGGCAAGGCAACCGCCUUUCCACUUGUGGCCUGAAGAACCCUGGACUCCACUCUGCUCCUGGGGAUUCACCCUUCCCACCAGAGCACCACCAGGGAUUUGGGGUUUUGGUUUAGCUUCGGUUCCUCUCCUCAACUCUGACCUUACAGGAGUGGUCGCUGUAGAUGCGAACCACCCACACACUCACCUUCCGAACCCACGUCGGCUGCAGUGGCCACAGUGGGCUAGGUCACAGGCGGGCACUACCUCCCUGCCCCUGGACCUGAGAAGCCUCCAGCUGGACGCCUCACCCCCCCUCCUCACAGAAGGAAUUUCAACCGCUCCAGGACUCCUGGGGAGAGAGAGGACCUUCAUUUCCCUCCUGCUUGGUGAUCACAUGUUUAUGUGCCCUCUGCUAACCACUACUGAGGGCUCUUUGGUGAAAAUGGCCCUGAGAUUACAAAGACUUUGCUGGAGUUCAGGCACCAGUGCUGUGGUGACUUUCUCUGCUGCUCCUUGUGAACCAGCAGACCCAUGAGAUUCACAGGAAGGUUCCUAUAGGCAAAGACUCAUCCUUCCCAGCAAUGCUGCAAAAGUUUGGCCUGGCUGAUUCCUCACCCCUUGCUCCCAACGUCCUCGAUUCCCUCUGGACUGAAAGCAAGAUGCUCCUCCCACCCUUCUUUUCUUAGAAGCCAAGCCCCUUUGUAAUCUAUAUAAGAUUCAUACCCCAGGGAUCCAGGGAUUGCAGAGACUGGCCUUCUGCUCUCACCUGGAGACGAAGCUAGAGACCCAGCUAGGAUCUCCCAGGGAAGUGAGACCACCAUGGCUCAGAAAAGGUUCUGCAUCUGGUUCCCACUUCUGGUCCUGGUGCUGCUGGCGCUGGGGUACGUCCAGCCUUCUCUGGGCAAGGAAUCCCGGGCCAUGAAGUUCCAGCGGCAGCACAUGGACUCAAACCCCACCAACUACGGCCCCAACUACUGCAAUGAAAUGAUGAGGCGCCGGCAAAUGACAGAUGGACGGUGCAAGCCAGUGAACACCUUUGUACACGAGCCUCUGGCAGAUGUCCAGGACGUCUGCCUCCAGGGAAAUGUCACCUGCAAGAAUGGGCAGCCCAACUGCCACAGGAGUGUCUCAAAGAUGAAUAUCACCGACUGCCACCUGAGGCGUGGCUCCAGAUACCCCAAAUGUACAUAUGAGACCACCCAGGAAGAUAAAUACAUCAUCGUGGCCUGUGAGGGGGACCCGUACGUGCCAGUCCACUUUGAUGAUUCUGUUUAGGUCUCCACCUGAGGCCGGAGCAGUGAGAUGCACCCCUUCACCACUGUGACCCCUGUGUCUUCCCUCUCCCUUCCCUGCCCUGAGGGAAAUAACUCAAGUUGGUGCUCCUCCCCAGUACACAAAUGUUUCCCUGCCCAAGGCUUGCCCUUGCAUGGUUUGAGGGGUGAGGUGUGCCCCAUGUUAACCACUUCACAACUUCUUUCAAUAAAACACAGUUGCAUCCA